AUGUCUUCGCCCGCAGAUGCCAUCAACAAGGCUACCCCGGCAUAUCCUGAAAAUGAGAUUGACAAUUUGGAGGAGGAGAAACAGGGACAGGUCGUGGAUGCCUUUGGCAACGAAGAUGGGGCAGAAGUCAAGUAUAAGACGCUUGCGUGGUGGCAAUGUGGAAUGUGUACUCUAGUAAUGAUAUCGGAGUCAGUGUCUUUGGGUGUUCUGUCAUUACCAGCUGCAGUCGCCUCAUUAGGAAUUGUCCCCUCUAUAAUCCUGAUCGUCGGCCUCGGUAUUGUAGCAACGUAUACAGGCUAUGUGAUCGCACAAUUCCGCAUACGUUAUCCGCACAUCCAGAACCUGGCGGACGCUGGCGAGAUCCUGCUCGGUCCGUUUGGCCGCGAACUUUUUGGACUCGGCCAAAUAUUGUUCUCCAUAUUCAUCAUGGGUAGUCAUAUUCUCACUUUUGCUGUGAUGAUGAACACGCUCACUGACCACGGAACGUGCUCGAUCGUGUUCAGCGUGAUCGGUAUGGUGAUUUGCAUGGUCUGCUCGCUGCCACGUACUAUGAAGAAUAUAACGUGGAUUUCAAUCUUGUCAUUUUUGAGUAUUUUCUCUGCUGUGAUGGUUACAAUGAUUGGCGUCGGGGUCCAGGCUCACGGCCAAGGUCCGAUGGUAGAGCUGACGGUGAAGACGGGACUCGUGCCAGCAUUCAGUGCCGUCACAAAUAUUGUCUUUGCAUACUGCGCGCAUGUUGCCUUCUUCGGGUUGAUCUCGGAAAUGGAAGACCCUCGGGACUUUCCCAAAUCACUGUGCAUGCUGCAGGUUUUCGAGAUUACAUUGUACUGUGUCGCUGCGAUGGUUAUCUAUCACUAUGUCGGGCAUGAUGUUGCUUCGCCAGCCUUGACCUCUGCAGGUCCUAUCUUGAAGAAGGUUGCAUACGGUAUUGCAAUCCCAACGAUUGUCGGAGCUGGGGUAGUCAAUGGUCACAUCGGAUUGAAAUACAUCUAUUACCGACUGUUUAGCAAGACAGGGCUGAUGCAUCGCCGGGACGCCAUGGCCGUCGGCAGUUGGAUCGCGAUUGGUGUCUCGUGUUGGGUGAUUGCACUCAUCAUUGCGGAAUCUAUACCAGUGUUUUCCAAUCUCCUAAGUCUUAUCAGUUCGUUAUUUGCAUCCUGGUUCAGUUAUGGGCUCGGUGGCGUAUAUUGGAUGCAUCUUAACUGGGGGCAGAUGUUUUCUUCUCCACGCAAGAUUGCAUUGACAAUUGUGAAUGCCGGAAUUAUCCUUAUUGGGGCAACUUUGUGUGGGUUAGGAUUGUACGUCAGUGGCAAGGCUAUCCACGAUGACUCUAGCACAUCGGCCUGGACAUGUCGAAACACUGCUUGA